UAGGAACUGUUUACUAUCGAGAUGCCAGUGAACUAAUGCUAAGUUUGGACAGCGAAAAGUUGGUUCGCAGUGGCGCUAUUUGAUUCAAUCGUUGCACUUUUAGUUAAAAUGGCAUCCCAAAUCCCAAUAACGGUGAGGGCGCAACCUCCGACCGCAAGUGCUGCGGCUGUCCGGGGGAAGAAGCGUCCAGGCAGCCCGGCGGCUUCAGGCGCUCAGCAGGCCGCAGUGAACAGCAGCAACAGCGGCAGCAAAAAGAAGAAGCCCCCGCUGACAGUCACACCAGCCGCACAGACGCAGAUAACUGCAGUUGAAACUGUGGUGGAAAUGAAGACAGUGGGAUCAGUGGACAGCACUCCGAUUACUGCAGAGACUGUCGUAAAGGCUCCUCCUUUCAAAGACAACACAUUUAUGCACUCAGGAAUUGGUGGAGCAGCAGCCGGCAAAAAGAACAGGACUUGGAAAAAUCUUAAACAGAUUCUGGCGUUGGAGCGGACCUUACCUUGGAGGCUCAAUGAUCCCAACUAUUACAACAUCGAUGCUCCUCCCUCUUUAAAACCAGCAAAGAAAUACUCAGACAUCUCUGGCUUACCUGCAAACUACACAGAUCCACAGACAAAGUUGCGCUUCACAUCAUCUGAAGAAUUCUCCUACAUCCGUCUCCUUCCCACCGAUGUGGUUACAGGAUACUUGACCCUUCGAAAGGCAACAUGCAUCGUGCCGUGACCGGCGAGCAAAGCUAAAAGUUUAACAACUUGUUGCAACCAGUGAUGGACUUGCUUCAGUGGACGUAGCAGCAGAGGAACAAGGCAUAAAUGUGGGACUGCAGAAAGUCGCUGCUGAAGUGCAGCAACUUUAUCACUGCAGUGAUGAAGACAGCAGUCAGAGUUGUUACUAAUAAUACUGUCAGUUACUCUAAUGCGUUCUAGUCAAUCUUCUGGGAGUUUCCGAGAUUGUCUGAAGACAUUCUAACAGAAUACCAAGCAAACAUUUUUAAUUUAUUGGUGGAGCAGAAAAAUGUAAAGCUCAGCAAAGGUGUAUACUUUUUCUUAAAUGCGUUAAGGUGUUUUUCCAGGAAUUGCUUGCUAAUCUUUGGAAAAUUAGAAUGGCUCCACUUGGUACUGCUCCCGUUAGAGUUCCUCCAUAGUUUCAUUUAUAACUUAAGAAUAUCAUACACUCUAAUAAGGAUCGGAGAGCCUUUUGUUAAAAUAGAGAUCCACAACAUGACAGAUCCUCUGUCAUACCUAACAGUGGGCAUUAGGCCCUUGUCUUGUUGUUCAUGUUUGGAUUUUAUGCUAGACUCAUCUGGAGUGUGUUACUCUUCGCCUUAUCUCACAAAAGCAUAUGGUCCGAGUUAAAACCCUAGCCGAGGUCGGCAAUCUCCAGGUUUACAUUUGUGAUUGUAGGACAUGAAAGACUUUUUAUUGAAAUGCCUCUCAAAGAAACAACAUGGCAUCUAAUGCAUAUUAUGGGGACUUGGUUUUCUGUUUCAGUUCAGUGACUGUGGUGAGCUUUACCAACUCUUUACUUUCCUGACCAUCCUCCAAGCUUUGCAUGUAAACAAGAUACAUUAGAUUCUCAUCCAGCCAAAAGCUAAAAUAAAUGAUUGGCUUAUUUUUACCUCAGGGAAACAGGAAGUCGUCACACAUUUUGAAAUAAAAGUUUCUAACAACGUUGAUUACCUUAAAAGUGCUUGGUAAUGGUUUUGUUGCUGAAAGUGAUGCAGGCUAUGUUUUGUAAAAUAUAUUGAGCAUGAAUAAAGUCAGUGUAUACAAA